AUGUCAACAGUGAUUACAACUUUGGCUAAAAUAGAAAAAUCUAAUCCUUCUCUAAUAAGAAAAAAACAAAUUGCUUCUUUAGUUAAGUCAAAGGAAUCUAAGGAGCAAAAGUAAAUUAGUAACAAUCACGAUCAAGAGGAAGAUGAAGAAGAGAACGAUGAUGUCAGCCAGAGUGCUGGAAGUUACAGCAGUAGAUAAUCUGGCAGCAAGAUAGUGAGCAAAAACAUUAAAAAAGGAUUCAAAAAGAUUCAUUGGACAAUUACCCCUAUCUUCAACUAGGUUACUUAAAAGGAAAUGCUUUACGUGACUGGAGAGAUUCUUUUAGAUUUUGACAAAAAGUACUCCUAUUUAAGCAAAAGAUCUGCUUGGAAUGAUGUUAAGAGAGUUUCAAACAUCGAGGCCGAUUAUAAAAACGAAGUUAUAAUUGUAAAUUUUGAUUAACAGAACAUGAAUUUCAUUGAAUUCAAAAAACAAUUACCUCGAUAUCUAAGAUAUCCAGAAGAACAUAUUCAUCAAUUUGGAAACACUCUUGUAGAGUAUGAAAAAAUAUACUCCAAAUACUAAAACUUCGUUAAGCUCAAGAUAAAUGAUAUAAAGAAGUCUGAGGAAUCUAUGCAACUAUUUUAAGACAGGAAAGUCUUAUUUGAUAGGCUCACAAGAGAAUACUAUAAAAAACUGAACGAUGAAUAGAAAUAUUUCUUCACAGUAGAGAGCUAUCCAAGUUUAGUAAACAAUUAAUAUAUUGCAUAGAGAAUGUCUUUCAAUAGAGAAUUAUGCAAUUUGUUGGGUACCAACCAGUAAUCUUUCUUACACAUCACUCAAAGAAACGGAAUAAUAGAAUUUUACGAAUUUGAAACUAUGUUGGCUAUCAACAAAAGAGUAAUAGAUGCUAUAGUUUCUCACUUCAAAGAUAAGCCAGUUAAUUUUGAAAAUUUCACUAAUUUCUAAGACGUGAAAGAAGAGGGAUACUACAAAUUCUUUACGUAUGAUGAAAUUGAAUUUUAUGCUCGCAUUAGAAUUGAAUAUAUAACUCUUGAUAGUCUCCUAAACUCUCCAUAGUCAGAAUACAAAUAUGAUUUUUACUCUACUAUCGUAUACAUUGAGCCCUCAUAAAAUACUAUAAAUCAGAUCAAUGCCCUCAGACAGGCCUAAAAGGUCAUUUCACAGAGUCUCAUCAAAGAGCUUGAAUCUGACAUGACAUACACAAUAUAGUCAGAGUAUUUCGUAAAUUAAUUAGAAAAACAAGCAAUUGUUGAGCCUCAAAAGCCAAAAAAGAGCUAAGUAAAAAUUUGCGGUACAAAAGAAAUUGAAUCUAAUUCUAGUUCUCCACUUGAGUAAUGA